CACGUGUCAGUCCCCCGUUACGUUUGUUGUCAAUGAAUUGUGAAUUUUGUUGGGUAAUUAUCAUGUUAAUUCUGCACCUGUUGCUGUGGCCAGUCCUUUUCGGGACCUUGGCCGCUGCCCCGCCCUCCGCCUCCGUUGCCCAGAAGGCGGCAGAGGUAGCCAAGUUGCGCAGCGAAUUGGAAAAAGCUCUGGACGACAACGAAGGAGUGCAGCCCCAAGGUGAUGGUCCAGUGGUGGCGCCCAAGUGGACGCACCAGGGCGGGAAGCCCAACCUGGGACCGCCAGCCAAGGUAGUUGUGGACACCGCCUCGCUGAACAGCGCCGCCGCCCUGCGCCAAGAGAUUCAGCAGGCGGUGGCCCAGCAGGGACAGGCCCCGGAGGUGGUGCAGCUGGAGGCGCACCUCAAGGAGAUAGCGGGCAGUGCUGGCAAUGAGGCUAUGACCGCCAAGGUGGGCAGCGGCCGCCAGGAGAUGGUGGGCGCAGCAGCUAAAGAUGACCUCGGGCCCAAUGUGGUGGAGGCCAAUGCGGUCCCAGGCAUUGAUCUAGAGCAGCUGCAGCGGCUGGAGCUCUCAAAGAGGCGCACUCGCGACAUGCUCAUCCUGGCCCGCAUCGAGGAGCUGGUGAACGCUAGCCUGCCGGCGGAGGUGGACCACUGGUUCACCCUGCAGGCCAAUGGCAGUGCCUUUUUAGUGGGCCAACAGCCGGAAACGCUCCUGGUGCUAUCCUCGGAUUUUAAGCCCCGCCAGAUUUAUACCCUUCCCUCUCCGGUGUCGGCUCUGCUGACGCUGGAUCGCUGGAAUAGCAAGCGGCACGUUCAGGAGGGACUCCUCGUGAUGGCCACCAUGGAAAACCAGCUCCAUUGGUUGCGCCUGGAGCCAGAGCAGGCGGAACUGACUGCCUUCUGGAACUGGCCACUGGGCAGUGGCGGGGGAACGGUGACCAAGAUGUGCGCCUUUAGCCUGGAGGGAGGCAACUUCCUCGCCCUGAUGGGCAAUCGGACACUCAGUAUCUAUGCCUACGACCUGGAGGCCGAGGAGUUCUGGAUUGCCCAGCGAUUGCAGCUGGCGGAGGAGAUCUCCGACCUGGCCGUGCUCGAUGCCGGGCGAGAGGUGCUUCUGGUUGUGGGCCAGUUUGACGAGGCCCUCAUCUAUACCUGCAGUCCCAAGGGAGAGCAGCUGCAGCUGCGCCAACGUCUGGUGGCGCCGCAUGUCACCGGCAUCACGGCCUUUCACAUGGGAGGUCGCAGCUACCUGGCUCUGGGCGGGAUCACGCCCCAGAUCUUGGUCUAUGUACAGGGUCAGCUACUGCCUCGGACGAUUCUGGGCCAGAAUUUCGGUUUUGUGGAACACUUCCUGCCCGUUCCCGUGCGCAGUUAUCGGGACGAUCUGCUGCUGCUUGUUCAGCAUCGCGUCGAGUUCGAUCCGCACUCGCUACUCGUAGUCGAGCUGCUCGUGUGGACGGGUGACGCCUUCGAGGCGGGUCUGCCCGCUCCCUGUGGUGAUGGCCUCUUCGGCGUCAGCUGCCUGCUGGAUCAGGAGCGAGACGGAGGCAUAGCAGGGGCUGCCCUGCUCCGCCAGCUGGAUCAGCCGCCACUGGUGCUGGUUCCGCGCAAGCAGGCGCCUUCGGGCCUGUUCCGCUUGGAGACAAAGCUGCUGGCUAGGAACUCGGAGUCGCAGGACCUGCAGGAGAUCCACCAGUUCAUGCUGAAUUGGGUGCACGAGCAGGAUAUGAUUAUCCAGCUGGCUGAACAGUUGCUGAGUGAGGAGGAGGAGCAGGAGGCGCACUACGAAGAGGUGUCCACUCCGCUGGUGGUCAGCGAAGGCGGUGCCAUUGAAGAGCUCUUCGUUAACAACGUCCGCUAUACGGGCGAAGAUGCUGCCCUGGAUAUGCUCGAGCUCCUUAAUCAGAUUCGCCACGUGGAUGAGCAGCUUUCCCGGUUGGUUCCCAAGCGAGCAAAGCGCCAGCCGGAUGCUCUGUUCAACUUUCACUACGAGAAACUUGAGGUGGAUGCCAUCGAGGCUGGGCAGCUCAUAGUGGAGCAGGUGAACCAAGUGCCUUUCUACAUACAAAGCUCCUCGCUGGAGCUGCCGCUGGGUACACUGAAUGUCCACCAGUUGGAGCUGAUGGUGCCGCCAGAGGAGAAGUUCGAUCCUGUUGGAGGAAGCGAGUCCCAUGAGACCUUGCAGCUGGCUGGCGAUUUGGAAUGCUCGGUCAUCAAUGGAAUGAGGUGGAGCUCGUUUCUCGAGGAGCUGGUGUGGCGGCAUCGUCCCCUAAAGCUGGCUCAGCUGACUGUGGAUGGACCCGUAAUCUUUGAGGAUUCACUGCAUCUGAACUCCCUGAACGAGCUGAGCUUCCCGGGGGACUAUCUGUGGUCGCAGGGCAAUGAGACUAGCGUUGUCCAGGCGCCCAAGGAGUUUAUCAACACACUCUCUGUGAAUGCCAUUGACACUUCCGGUACCAUUAACGGGGUUAAUCCCCAGGAUGCCAUCACUUUAAAUGAUGCCCAGGACUGGCCGGGAUGGGUCACCUUCUCCCAUUUGGAGGUAUCUGAGCAAUUGGAGCUGAAUGGCAGUGCCCAGGGUCGUCAGUUCGACGAGGCGCCUCUGAAUCCCACUCUGCUGGAAUCCCGCCUCAUCCACGCCGACUGUCACUUUGAUCAGAUUCUCGUAAAGGGACCAGUCCGGCUCUCUGGCAAGCUGGACAACGACAGCUUCGACUCCCUGCUGGGUGACCUGGUUCAGCGAUCGACAGACCCCGGGCAGGAACUGCUAGUGACUGGCGCCAAACGUAUGGAUCACCUGCUCCUGCCAGUGGAUGCUCACGUAGCGGAUAAUAAGCUCAGUGGGAUUCCCCUGGAUGACUUUGUGACCAAGCACUCGCCCCAAACUCUACAUAAUGUGACGCAACUGGGCGGAUAUGUCUAUUUCCACCAGCUGCAGCUGGCCAAGGGCUUCGCUUACGAUGGCGUCCGCCUGGAGGAGCUACUGGCCGAAAGCCUGCGGCUGGAUGGACCAAAUCCACUGAUUUCACCCCGCACACGCCUCCGUUUUGUGGGCUCCUCUCCGCCCGAGCUCGAGCGCCUGCAAGUGAACCACAGCCUCAACCAGGUGCCACUGGCCAGUGGCUACCAGCUGCUCCACGAGCCGCUGCACCUUAACAGAGCUUCCUUUCAGAGCCUGGCGGCAGCGCAGGCUCAGGUGAACCACGAUGUGUCAGGAGACGGUCUACUCAAUGGCCAGAGCCUGGUUGAUUUGUUGAAAGCGAAACCCCGCACCUGGUCGGGUGAGCUGCACGUCCAGGAGCUGAUCCUCCCUCAGGGCGUACAAGCGGAUCAUCUGCAGGCCAUAAAAGCCGACUUUCUGCUGGAUUUCCUGCAGCAACUGGACGAAUUGCCGCUGCUCAUCCUCCAGGGACGACUGCAGGUGGAGCGCAUAGCCGUCAGCGACUCGGUCCAGGUGGCGGAAACCCUCAACGGGCGGGACUUGAGCGAGCUGCAGCGCCAGGUGGUGUGGCUGGAUAGACCCAACGAGCUGAGGACACGCUGGUUGCUCAAGGAAACCCCGCUUAUCGAAGGAAACCUGCACAUCCUGGGUAGCUACAACGAGCGCCUGCUGCCCGAACUGCUGGAUGACAUUGUGCUGAGACCCAAGGAGGGAGCACAGGCUGUGGAGCACAUCAUCGAGGGCACCAAGAGCUUCUUGGCACCCAUUCAUGCCGAGCAGCUGCAGCUCGAGGCUCUCAAUGGGAUUCCCUUCGAGCGGCUGGCCAACAAGGUCAGGGGUCAGAAUAUAUCGGGUAAUGUCCAGCUCCAGGGACGUCUCUUUGUGGAGGAUCUUCGGCUGGAGGGUGCGCUUAAUGGAGAGUCUCUGGAGAAGCUGGAGAAGCUAAUAAGCUGGGAUCCUGGCUAUCAAAGCUUUGUCCAACGCGGUUAUAUCCCAGUUUCGGGCAAGCAACUGGAGCUGCUCUCAGUUCAGGGUCACCUGGGCAACAAUAGGAGUGGCGAACCUCUACAGGAGAUCUUCGAUCAGCUAAUCUUCAAGCAUCAGCAGGCUGGCAUCCGCCUCCAGGACCACAAGACCUUCACGGGACGCGUACGCAUCCAGGAAGGAGCCCACAUAAGCAGCCUGAAUGGCCUGGACUUGGAUCAGCUGCUAAAACAGCUCAUCUUCAUAGACUCGGAGGAGGAGGAGGUGUCCUUGCAGACUCCUGUUUUUUAUGAGGCUGCCAUAAGCAUGGCUCAUAUGAAGCCGGAACGGCUGGUUCUGGCCGGAGAGCUGCUCAAUGGCUGCAAUGUGAGCCAGUGGCUGAGGGAUACUAUACGCGUGGAUCGCGACUUUCCGGGCCCAAAAGUUACCUUUGCCCAAGGCUCCUUGGAUGGCAACUCUUUGGCAGUGGAGCAGCUCAACCAAGUGGUCAUGUCCAGAGUUGUGACCAGGAACACAGAGCAGCAUCUGGUGGGCAACCUGACGGCCGAGGAGUUGCUUUUAGAGGGUCAAUUACAAGUGGGUGACAGCGUCAAUGGACGCAAUCUGUCCGCGGAGUAUGCCAACACCCUAAUGACCAAUCCUUCAGGCAGAGAGCAAAGCGUGGAUACCCCCCUAUUCCUGGGUUCUAUUGAUGUCACCGGACCCCUGGACAUCAUCUCACCUGUGAGCGGCCUCAACCUCAGCGAUGUGGCCACCCUUACCGUGGAGCCUGUGCGUCUAGAGUCGCCUCUUUACUUUGCCCGCCUGGAAGCACCCUUUUUGCAGACAGAUCACCCCCUAAACGGCUUCGAUUUCAGGGAUUGGUAUGAGCGCAGCCUGUGGGCCAGGGGCAGGACGCAGCAGGAAAUCUCAGGCAGCUGGCGGGUAAAGAAGCUCCUCGUAAAACAGGCAGCGGAUGAGCUGCGUCCCCGCCGACAGACGAAUAAGGAGAGCUACCGAGACCUGUGUGAGCGCCUGUCGAGGAUACUCCUGCCCUAUCAGGUCCAGAAGCUGCGCCAGAGUUUCUCUUUGAAGCAGGAAGAGGAUCAGGAUGAUGUGCGUCGCUUGUUUGCUGUAGAGCCACCAGGAGGCAGUACCUACCUGCUGGUAAACGAACGCGGCUGCUGGACGCGGCUUUACCGCUGGAAUAACACGGGAUUCGAGCGAGCCGGAGCUUUCCAGAGCGGCCCCGUGGACGAGGUGACGCCCCUGAUGGUGAGCAACACCAGCUCUAUGCCAGAGUUUGCCUUCAUGACCAGCUAUGAGCUGCAGGAGGACGAGCACGAGGCCAGCUGGAAUUGCAGUGGCCUGAAAGCUACCCUCAUCGGCUGGCAAAUGACCCAGGAACGGCAGGCUAUGGAGGAAAUAGAUGUGCCCCUGGCCAGGCUGAGGGCUCUCCAGGAUGAGCUGCACAGCCAGCGCUCUCCCAUCUACCAGGAGACCAUCAGAUACCUCAAGCGACCCACCAUCGAAUCGCAGUUGGGCAAGGAGUGGCAGCAGCAGAAGCAGAGACAGGAACUAGAACCCGCCGAGCUGGCCAGGAUAAGGGGCCGCCUGCUGGACACCUUGGAAUUUCGCCUGCAGGCGGAGGUUAACAUCACCCAGCUGAGCAUCCCCGAGAGCGAUCUUUACGACGAGCACCUGGUGGAGGACUUUCUUCAGCUGCUGCAACAGCUGCGUGGUUUGCGAGGGCGGCUGAACCUCGAGGCACUGCCUCUGCCGGAUACUCCGGCACGCGUGCUGGCCGCCCGCAGUGCCCAGCUCAUCUGGCCGGUGUUACAGGAGCUGAAGGGGCUUUCGCAGGGAAAUGGAACCGGGAAACAGGAAUUGAAGCUGGAGCAGGCCCUGCUGGAUGUUUUGGCGCUGGCCAAUGAUGGUAGCAGUGGUGGCUCUGGCGAGGAUGAGAGGCUGCAUGCGGUGAUUGAGAGAUUGCGGGGACUGCAGCAGGAACUGCAUCAGCUGGAGGAGGAUGAGGAAGAGGAGCAGCGGCAGGCGGCGGCUUCGAAUAGAGAAGAGCAGUUCCUGCCACCGCCCUACCUCGACUGGCGGCCCCUUCAAACCCUUCGCCUCUAUGUGGGACCCGCCCACCGACCCCGGCUCUUGUAUGCUCGCCUAACCUUUCUGUCGCCCGCCGGUGGCCCUCCUCCCACGACGCCAUCUACGGCACCACCUGCCCACAUCCAAGUGCAUCAUGCCAAUGGCUCAAUCUUUCAGUCACUAGCUGCUGAGCGUGGCGCCCGCCACCUGACCACCUUGCGGGUGCGGGAUGAGACCCUGCUGGCCUACGUCGAGGGCUGCUGCAAUAUCCGAGUGCUGAUCUAUCGCGGCGUCCAGGGUUUUGUGCCUUUUACCAGUUUCUCUGCUCCUCAAGAGAGUGGAAAUGCGGAGGUUUUGCAGUUGCUUGGCCUGCGAGUGCCUCUGAAGCGUGCGCCAGGUGCUGUGUAUUACCUGGCUGUGGUCCAGGCUCGACGAGUGAUCUUCUACGAGCUGGUGGUAGUAGGAUUGCUGGAGCCUUGGCUAAAGUGUCCUUAAAUUUUGGAGAAUCUGUGGGGUGGAAUGCCCUUGAAAAUGAGGUUUAAUAGGAGUUGUUGUUUAUGUGUUAUUCUGUGUUUUUUUUUAGGCUAAAAAUUAAUUUUGUUAAUGUAUAUUAUUAU